GCAAGAAUGGAAUCCAUGAAAAGCAAACCGAGAGAUGGCACUGACAGUGAUCUGUCUGAGCAGAUAAAAGCAGCCACCAAAGACAGUCACGUCCGAGCUGAGAACACACAACUGAUGCUCAACUACCAGAGGGGACAGAUCACGCAAACACAGUACAAGCUUCUGCUGUGUUCUCUGUAUGAGAUCUACCAAGCGCUAGAGGAAGAGCUGGACAGGAACGCUGACCAUCCUUCCGUUCAUGCCAUCUACUUCCCUCAGGAGCUGGCCAGACUGGAGUCUCUGGAGCUGGACCUGGAGCACUUCUUUGGUCCCCACUGGAGGAAGAGAAUAACAGUGCCUGCCGCCACACACAGAUACACACAGAGACUGAGAGAGAUUGGCAAGAACAGUCCGGAUCUUCUGGUGGCACAUGCCUAUACACGCUAUCUCGGCGACCUCUCAGGAGGCCAAGUGCUGGGCAAAAUUACCCAGAAAUCCUUGGGACUGAGCGGCAGCAAGGGUAUUGUUUUCUUCUCGUUUCCUGGAGUGACGAGCCCCAACAGAUUCAAGCAGCUGUACAGGAGCAGAAUGAACAGCAUUGAGUUAACAGAACAGCAGAGGCAGGAAGUGCUGGAUGAGGCUACCAGAGCUUUUGAGUUCAACAUUGAGGUUUUCGAUGAUCUUCAGAAAAUGCUGAGCAUCACAGAGGAAGCUUCAAGUGAAAAAGGAAAUGACGCAGCAUCCAAAACUCCCAAAACCUUCUCCAACUCGCCGAUGCUCCAGUUUGCAUUAGGUGUGGGAAUCACUCUGGCAACUGUUGGAAUGGGAGUUUAUGCUUUUUGAUUCAGAACAUUUUAUACUCGUCUGUGUGUGUAACAUCUUAAUACGACGACGAGGUCAAAUCUAACCAAGAUCUUGAACCAACACCAAUCAUGGAUUAUAAAACAU